AUGUGCUGGAAAGUUGAACCUGAUUUUCCUUCUGCAGACGAGGUUACCAGAGUUCCUGCUGAUGUUCUGUGUGAGGUAGAGAAGCAGCUGUCUGCGCUCCGUCUGUCACUCUUCAAACUCCUUCAGCCCACUCUCAAGUGUGAAAUUGGUCAGGAGGAAACACCCGUGUUUGCCCUCCCUCUCCUUCUACGUGCAGACAAGUGGGCUCAAGAGCUUUUCCAGCAUACUGUCCGUUGGGAAUUUAAGUGCAAUUCUUGUAGCUAUACUCUAAACGACAGUGUUGAGAAGACUCUUACAACGUUCACUCAGAUUCUGAAUGACUGGCAUCCACUAAAAGCCAUCCACCGCACUCAGUGCAGUAACUGCAACCGUAAAAACCAAAGGAGGAAAAUGGUGCUUGAAAAACUGUCCUCGGUGUUUGCACUGCACUUUGUGGAGGGCUUGCCCAGGAAAGACCUCUCUAAAUUGUCAUUUGAGUUCCAGGGCACGCAAUACAAUGUUAGCACUGUCAUCCAGUACAAUAAGCGUCUAAAGCACUUUGCCACUUGGAUCCGCCAGAGCAGUGGGUCAUGGCUAGAACUCGAUGAUUUGAAAUACCCUUACAGCAUCACCCACAAGAGGUUUUCAUUUCCUGCCAAUGAAAUUCACAUUGUUUUCUGGGAAUCAGACUCCACUAAAAAUGAAGUUUCAGAAGUUCUCUCACCGACAGCUCCCUCGGCACUCACGAAUGUCGAAGAUAGACACCCGCACGAACUGUCAGACUCUGUGGCUGAUGACACGUGUGUCAUCAGCGCGCUCACCGUGGGAGACUCGACUGCUGCUGGCGCUCUGGAUACAUCCAUCGGCAGUACCACUUUACUGGACACCUUUGAGGGUCUGUCACAUACAGACAUUGUGACCCUCACUCUUGUUGAUGAGAACCGAGCCACUGAGGCUCUUCAGAUUCCCCAGAGCCCAGCCCUCAUCCCGGCCACUAUCCCCAGUCUUUCUGUCGCAUCUAGUUCAUCUUGUAUCUCCAAGUCCGUUUGCCAACCUUCAAACCCUCCGAAACCCCAAAGUUCUGGAUUGAAGGAAGGAUCUUUGGUUUCCAAUCCAGUGGUGCCGAGACCGUCAGUGGCUACACAAGUACAUUCACCUUCACCGUUUGCAUCCUCAUUACUUCAACGGCAUCCUUCCUUCCAGUCGACACCAAUAACGCUUCCUCCUCAUGUUCCAAAACCCAAUUUGAAAUGUGACAACGAAGCUCUGCCAGCAAAGCCAGCUGACAUGUUUGGUGGCUUCAUAAGCAAGAAAUUGCCAAAUUCAAGUGAUGUGAAUCCUGCUGUAGCGGCUCAACACAAACCAAUCACUCUUCCUGGUGGCACAUGCCCAUCUGUUAAGAAAAACCCAAGCCUUUUGGCAGACCAGCAGCCUAUUACCUCUACAGAAGCCCUCAGACUGAAGCUACUGAAAAAGCUCAAGGCUAAGAAAAAGAAACUGGCUAAAUUAAACCAGCUUUUGGGAAGUGCAGGAGAAUCUACUCCAAAACCGGAUAGCACGGCUCUCUCGUCGCCCUACUCGGUCACGUCUAGUACAACGGCAUACGACAGUCCAGCGUAUGACCAGUUCUUCGCCGAGCUUUUGUCUCCUGCGACGACCGUCAGUAACCUCUCACCUGACAGCACGGGGCUCCUAGAGAUGUUGAACAACGGCCAAAAUGUGGAAAAGACCGUUGGAAGCGCACAGCAAAAUCCUUGUUUAACAACUAUGGUUCCUGAAGCAACUUUAAACUACUCUCAGUCCACAAAUGACUCUGUGUUGAAUCUUGAUGACUACAUAUCAGGGAUGGACCAGACUGCAAUUGAGAACACCGAUUUUAAUGGCUUAGAUAUAUUUUUCUGAUAGCUUUUAGAUUUUACAAAAUUAAAGUUUGGUCUGAUGUCAAAACAAGUUGUUCCCAAGAUCUCUUCCUUUGUUUCGUGUUGGGAAUGCAAGACUUCUGUUAGAAAAGCCUGUGGUACAUGAUCAGUUAAAUGAAUCCAGAGUACACGUUUUGUCUGGUAUACUUGAAGAAUAAAGAACAUUAAAGGGUGCAGAGUUUGAAGAUCAAAGUAUGCACAAUGCAUUUGUUAAGGUUUGUACAGCAUUGUACAGUUUUUUUGUUGUCUUUUUUUAUGGUUAACACACAGUUCAUAUUAAAUGGUCCCAAAAAUGUAAUAUGUUGUGUUUACUGGAAUUUAAUUUUGCCUUGGUGGAAACCGCUUCACUUUCAAACGGAUUAUAUAUGUGGUUUCUACACUUUUUGUUGGAUACAAAUGUUUAAAAAUAAUUUCUAACCAAUAAAAUAUUUUAAAGCA